CAGCCAGCCCAGAGAGAGAGAGAGCGACACCGGGAGGGCAGACCGCACGAACGAACACGCUCGCUCGCGCAACUACUAAACACGUUUCGAACGUGCCAUUGUAAUAGAUAAAUAUAUAACUAUUAAAUACUUUUGUUUUAUAUAUAUAAUACAGACAGAGAUUUGCGCGUGCUCCCUUGUGCACCUGAGCUGUCAUCCCCACCUGUCUGCCCAUCAUCUGCCAGUCGCUGCCGCCACCACCGCCAAUCCUUCCCCUGCGCCUGCCCAAGUAUCCACGACGACGCAGCCACCAGACCGGAAGAUUGAGUCGAACUGGCGACCUCUGGAUUGCAAGUCCAGAUGAAUCCAAUGGCCCACAGAAGUGGAUAAAACAGAUCUACUUCUGAGCUCCAUUCAAGUGACCUCUGUUCAACACAGGACUGACAUGGAGCAGGAGAGCUGUCGGUUCGGUGGUGGCAGCGGUAUGGUGGGAGGCCAGGCCCGGGCCAUGCCAGGCCAGCCCCACGCAGGGCAACUACUCAUCACGAUGGAUGACCUGGACACCAUGUCAGAGGAGACCAUGGAAGGCUCGAACUGCACGAGCGGCGACGGUGUGGACAACGCGGGCGGACCGAUGGACAACGGCAGCAAUGAAGGCAUGGAGGACCGGCUUUUCAACUACUGGGAAGACAUUGCUCGUACCCAUCAGGUGGUGCUGCCCAGAGAAAUGGCACAGCCUAUUCAGCAGAUGACGAUGAACAAUGACCCAGAAACCCGGGAACUGAACCCUUACACAGUCAUCCAGAGGAACGAGACGGGGGACGGUCACAUGCCGGUGGAGGAACGCGAGUACCCGGCCGGCUGGUGGGCAUGCGUGACAACCAAAGAGGACACCUACGAGCAGAGUAUCUGCUACGCGUUCAUGAAGAUCAUGAGAUACAUCUGCAGGGAGAAUUCCACUGGCUCAUACCUGGGCAUGACAAUCCCGAUCGUUACUACGGUGCAAGUGGACGAGGCAACAGGCACUCUGUUCCACCAUGUGGUGGUAGGGUACCGCCUGCCCUUGCACCUUCAGGGACAGCCACCCACGCCCUUGGACCCUACUGUCACCAUCGAGGAGCGCCCGGCCAUACGAGUCUACACCCGUGAGUUCAGCGGUGCCACCAACGAGACUACGAUCAUGCGUCAAGUGAAUGAGCUGGCACAGAUCCUGUGCCACUCCGAGCUCUACAACACUGAGACCCACUUCAUCGCUGGCUACAACAACCCGGCCGCAGCCAACCGCCGCAACGAAAUCUGGUUCAUCCGGAGAAUCUAGCUGGCACGGCCGCUAUAACAUGCCGCAGAGUGGUGGCGCAAUCCGAGGAUGAGGGGGGGCACGACCCACAGUAAACUUUACCAUGUGAAUUAGUCUUCUUUAAAAGGCAGGUCCACAGUUGAGCUAUC